GGAAUGUCAACAGGGUUGGGUCAACAAAUUUGAAUAGUGAUGGGCCAAGAGUACAAAGACCAAGUGUAGGAAUUCGGAUUAGAGAGCCACAGCCAAGUGAUGGUCAGCCAAGGCAAGCUCCUACUUCUAAGGCUACCAAGGACAAAGGCAAGCAGAAGGUUGUUCAGCAACCAAAAAGAAAAGUGGGGAGGCCUAGGCAGGAGCUGAAGAGGACCUAUAAUACUAGAAGUGGUGGUGAGAGUUCAAGUGCUGCAGCUGCUCAACAGUAUAGUUCGGAGAGCGAUGAUUCGGAUGAUCCAGAGUAUGAAGACUUCGUCGGCUCAGACUAUGACUUAGAUGAUCAGGAAGACGAGGAGCUGUUUCAGAACAAUGUUGAUGGGGACAUUAAUAAGGUGCCAGAAUACGAAGAGAUGGGGUUCGGUGGCGAUAUAUCAGAUGAUGGUGAUGAUUCUGAUGGAAUGCAGAGUGUUCAUGAUAUAGAUGAUGAGGGAGAGGAUACUGGACCUUUUAGGGUAAAAGGAAAGAAGAGAUUCUCGGGUUGGCCAGAGUUUAAUGCAAAGAGAGAUAUGAAGAAUCCCAAGUUUCAACUUGGAAUGAUUUUCUCCAACUCUGACGUCUUCAAGCAUGCAGUGAGGAAGCAUGCAGUGUUGACCAAGAAAGAGCUUCGAUUCCAAAGAAACACAAAGCAUAACGUUUUGGUCAGGUGCAAGACUAGCCCAGGUUGCCCUUUUUGGUUAUAUGCCAGCAGCCCGAAUGAGAAUUCUCCUACAGUGCAAAUUAGGACAUACAGACCUACACACCAAUGUUCUUCAGUUGCGAAGAGAGUCUAUCAUUGCCAUGCCCCUUUUUUAGCAGAAGAGUAUAAAGACCAAUUCAUGGCAGAUGGUAAAUGGUCUAGAGAGGGUAUCCAAAAUGCAGGUAACAGGGAUUUUGGUAUGGAUGUGGGAUACCAUAUGUGCAAUAGGGCUAAGGCUAGGGCUUUGAAGCAGGCACAAGGAAGUAUUGAGGAGCAAUAUAAUAUGUUGGAAAGUUAUGCACAUGAAUUGAAGAAGAGAAAUCCAGGGACAUCAGUUUGGAUUCAAACUGAGCUGGAUGGUGAAACAACAAGGUUUAAGAGAAUCUACAUUUGUUUUGCUGCUUUGAGAGAAGGAUGGAAGGCUGGAUGCAGACCCAUCAUAGGGUUGGAUGGGUGUCAUCUUAAAGGAGUGCACAAGGGUUAGUUACUUUCAGCAGUUGGCAUAGAUGGAAACAACGGGAUUUAUCCCAUUGCUUGGGCCAUAGUUGAGCAAGAAACCAGGGAUUCAUGGACUUGGUUUCUCACUUUUCUGAGAGAAGACUUGGAAAUUCAUCAUUCUGUACACUAUUCCUUUAUAUCAGAUAAGCAGAAAGGCCUUGAACAGGCCAUCAAGGUAAAUUCAAUAUGACUUUCAAUAUGGUGUGUUUGUUGACAUGUCAAUGUUUGCCAACUAAUGUUACCUUUUCGGUUGCAGGAUCUUUUUCCUCACUCACACCACAGGCAUUGUGUGAGGCAUUUGCACAAUAAUUUCAAAUCAGAUGGCCACACUGGUCUGGAGUUAAAGCAAAGGCUGUGGGCUAUUGCACGAGCAAGUACCAUGACACAAUACACAAAGGCUAUGAAUGAUUUGGCAAAAGUUUCAUUCACAGCUUGGCAAUGGUGUAAUGAUAGGCCUGCUGUUCACUGGUCCAGGUCUCACUUUGAUGAGAUCUUGAAAUGUGAUGUUCUGUUGAACAAUCACAGUGAAUCCUUCAAUAAGAGUAUCCUUGAUGCUAGGAAGAAGCCAAUAAUACCAUGUUUGGAGGAAAUAAGGGUUGCAUGUAUGGUUAGGCUAGGAAAUAGAAGGAACUCUGCACCAAGAUGGAGGUCAAAGGUAGGACCCAGAAUAGAGAAAUUGUUGAAGAAAAAUGCAGAAUGGGCCACUGAGUACAGGCCAGUAGAAUCAAGUGAAUGGAGAUUUGAAUUGCAUGGUAGAGGUGUAGGCUGUCAAACUGGAGUGAUUGCUCAACAUUCAGUACAGUUGGAUUUGCAGAGCUGCACAUGUAGAAGGUGGGAUUUGUCAGGAAUCCCAUGUGGACAUGCAAUAGCAGCUAUCUACUCAAAGGGAUGGUCUCCAGAAGAUUUUGUAUCUGAAUGGUACACUGAGAAGAAAUUUAUGGAGGCAUAUGAGGUGAUGCUGCAACCAAUUGCUGGAGCUGCUGAAUGGGAAGUUAUAGAGAGACCCAUAACACCACCACUUCACCAAAGGCAACCAGGAAGGCCCAGAACCAAGAGGACUAAGGAACCAGGUGAAGAGCCACCAGCUCCUGGAAUUGAAAAAUUGCCAAGGAGCCAUUAUACUCAAGUGGAGUGUGGGAUAUGUGGAAAGAAAGGACAUAACAAGAGAACUUGUGUGCGAAGAAAUGAGGGUGCCAAUGAAAGAGUUGAACCACCUGUGGCAGAAGCUAAUGUUGAAAUGAUGUGCUUGAUCAACAGCAGCCUGCAGCUGAGGAUCAAAUGCCGACCCAGGGACUGAAAAUUUCAAUGUCAAUGUGAACCUCAAUGCCAAUUUCACAGUCAAUGCAGAUGUUGAAGGUGAAGGUGAUAUAUCUGUGAUUUCUCAAGGCAACAACAAUGUGGUGCAACCAAACAGCCAGGCUACUGAAAUGUCACAGAGACAAUCAGUUGGACCAGCUUCAUCAGGCAAGAGGUACAAGAUGCCGGCACGAAGGAUCAAGCCAACGAUAAGAAAAUCAGCCCGGCUUGCUGCUGCAUCUUCUCAAAGCAGUCAGACUGUUCAGGUUCCAAAAAGCCAGGUGCAAAGGAGACUCUGGAGACCUUGAAGGUUGUUGAUAAGAAAACUAUGUUUUGUGGUGAAACCAAAGUUAGGCAUA